AUGAAAGCGCUCGGCCCUUUCUUCUCCACUGAAGAGUACUUUAGAGUCGUACGUCAACCGGGUAGUGGAUACUUUUUUGAUUCACCGGCGCAUACAGAUUCUAAGUCAGGAGCGUUUAAUUCACCGAUUGUCCUACUCUCCGUUGGUGAUUUUUAUAUAGGUGUAAAUUCUAUCAGUGAAGAUGAAACUUUUCUCGCAGAGUGUUUCGAAGCAAAGGGGCAUGCGGAUCUAGGAAUAAUUGUCAGGAAUGGCCGACUCAUCCACAGGUUUCGGUUUUGUAGUGGCUACGACCUUGCAGAUUGGGAAGGAUUUCUUGGGCUCUUUGCCGGCCUUUUGAGAGCCUUAGGCUUUACUGGUGAUUUCCAUUGGGAGACUUGGAAAGCAGAAGCCUUGGAACGCUACGAAGAUGAUCACCGGCUGCAACGGGUGAUCGCAAUGUAUACUUAA